UGGAAAGAAAGAAAGGGGCUUUGCUCAUUUCCCCGACUCAAAAUUCUCAGAUUCUGAGUUAACAUCUGGGUCUGUCUUUUUCUUCCUCUCCCUCUUUCUUCGGUGCUUCUACUGUGAUGAAAAGGUGGGGGGCUGUGGUGGGUUUGGUAAUCGAAAAGCUUUUCUGAGGUUUGAAAGAGGAACAGAACGAGGCUCUUUGAUUCCUCUUAGAAAGCCGACUUUGGAGCAUUCGAGCAGUCUGUUGCAUAUCAAGAAGAAGAUGCAGUUGAUCUCAGCAGAAAACCUCCUUUCAAUCAAAUGAAGCUGAGUGGCCAAGCAGUUGGUGCUGAUUCCCAGUUCGUUGCUUUGAAUAAGCCCUUCGCGUCCCCACAUAUGAACUUCCCUGCCAUUGUUUCUGGAUCUCAAUCACAAGUCAACCAAGUUUCUUUACGUGGUAAUCCUCGGGAAAAUUGGGAAGACUCAAACAUGGUGGAUUCGAGUCCAAGGACGGAGACUUCAACAGAUGACACAAGUGACAAGGACAGGUUUGAAAGGUUUCGACUGAAUGCUGCUGGAACAGCCGAUUCUGGCGAAAAACUGAAAGGAAAGGCUUCUGAUCAAAAGGCGCUACGCAGGCUUGCUCAAAACCGUGAAGCCGCCAGAAAAAGCCGACUAAGGAAAAAAGCAUAUGUGCAACAACUGGAGAGCAGUAGACUGAAACUCACCCAAUUAGAGCAAGAGCUCCACGGAGCCCGUAAACAGGGUAUAACUACUUCGAGCUCGGGAGAUCAGUCGCAUUCGGCAAGUGGAAAUGGUGCUUUGGUGUUUGACGCAGAAUAUGCUCGGUGGAUGGAAGAGCAUAAUAAGCUGGUAGGAGAGCUGAGAAGUGCAGUCAAUGCACAUGCUGGUGACACUGAACUCAGGACAGUCGUCGAUAAUGUUGCAGCGCACUUUGAUGACAUCUUCAGGCUUAAAGGUACAGCAGCAAAAGCAGACGUUUUCCACAUCCUGUCAGGGAUGUGGAAGACUCCGGCAGAACGUUGUUUCCUGUGGAUUGGAGGUUUCCGCUCGUCAGACCUCCUUAAGCUUCUUGUGAACCAACUGGAGCCUCUGACUGAGCAACAGUUGAUGGGCAUCUGCAACUUGCAGCAAUCGUCACAGCAAACCGAAGAUGCUUUGACACAGGGGAUGGAGGCACUGCAGCAAUCUUUGGCAGAGACAUUGGCCAGUGGCACGCCCAGCUCAUCGGGCCCUUCUGGAAACGUUGCGAACUACAUGGGCCAGAUGGCCAUGGCGAUGGGGAAGCUCGGAACGCUCGAGGGAUUCCUUCGCCAGGCUGAUAAUCUGAGGCAACAGACACUGCAACAAAUGCAUCGGAUUCUAACAACACGACAGUCCGCACGGGCUCUUCUAGCAAUAAACGAUUACUUUUCACGUCUCAGAGCCCUCAGCGCUCUCUGGCUCGCUCGGCCUCAGGAGUGACGUAGGCAAGGAAGUUUACUGAAACUGACUCGCUUGUGAUUUUAUAGCAUAGCAUCAAAUGAGAAGUUGUAAUAUCAUUUCCAACUUAAGAUCUUCCCUCAUAAAAAUUGUAUGCAUUGAAGUUAUGUAGUUUCAUAAUGUGAAUGUGGGCAUAGUUUCUGCUUUA